UGCGGGGCCGGGCGGGCGCGGCGCGGAGGAAGUGCCGUCUUGGCCACCGCCUCCUGAGCCGCGCCGCGGGGCAGCCAGAGCCGCGCAGGUCGCGAUGUCGUCCCGGCGGGGGCGCGACGACGAGCGGGCCGGGGCCGCGAGGCGGACGCGGGAGCCGGUGGAGGAGGAGGAGCUGCAGCGGCGCCGGGAGCAGAGGCGGCGGCGGCACGACGCGCAGCAGCUGCAGCAGCUCAAGCACCUGGAGUCCUUUUAUGAAAAACCUCCUCCUGGGCUUAUCAAGGAAGAUGAGACGAAGCCGGAAGACUGUAUACCGGAUGUGCCAGGCAAUGAACAUGCCAGGGAAUUUCUGGCUCACGCGCCAACCAGAGGACUUUGGAUGCCACUGGGGAAAGAAGUCAAAGUUAUGCAGUGUUGGCGUUGUAAACGGUAUGGUCACCGAACAGGCGACAAAGAAUGCCCUUUUUUUAUCAAAGGCAACCAAAAGUUAGAACAGUUCAGAGUAGCACAUGAAGAUCCCAUGUAUGACAUCAUACGAGAGAAUAAAAGACAUGAAAAGGAUAUAAGGAUACAACAGUUAAAACAAUUACUGGAGGAUUCCACCUCAGAUGACGAUGGGAGCAGCUCCAGUUCCUCAGAAUGUAAGGAGAAACACAAGAAAAAGAAGAAGAAAGAAAAGCAUAAGAAAAGGAAGAAAGAAAAGAAAAAGAAGAAAAAGCGAAAGCAUAAGUCUUCCAAGUCAAACGCGAGUUCAGACUCGGACUGACAGGAACUUGGCUUUGCAGCGUUCUCGUCUCAGAGCUCAAACACGGGCCAAAGCACGGAGGGACAUGGGGUCAGGGAGGACGCGGAGAGCGACACCAAGGAGGCGGCCACCCGGUGGCACACGUGACUCUCACCUACCUCCCAGUGAGCACGUGACCCCAGAGUGAGUUGUAUGGUCCCAGGUGCUAGCGGCUGAUUUCAGGCAGGAAAGCUCUUUUCAGCGUCCUCCUCCCUGCUGAUCACUGUGGUUUCUGAUUCCUUAGCCAUGUCAGGGUUGCCGGACUAGGGGAGUGUGAGGACGCCCCUCCAGGUGCUGUCACCCUCCAGAGGGAGGCUACUUCACCCCCGUAGACUUCAGGCUUGACAUUUCUCUGCUGUGGAGGAUAAUAAAAAGUUAUUAUUUAUUUUUUAAA